AGUAAUUGUAUCGAGAAAGAUGAGCCCACGAGGCACGAGUCAGAUGGUGAGUUGAGCUAAACUACAAGGAUCAGUAGUAGAGUAGUGGGUAGGACAGAUAAUAAUGGUAUCUCUGAGAGCACCUGCAGUGCUUUUGGUCUUGUUGGUGGUCUGUGUUAGAGAAACUGGAGCUAAUCUCGGAUCUGCUGACAACAUAGCCAAUCAGAUUGGGGAUGUGUUGGCUCAGUUCAUGGCAAAGUGGUUCGAUAAGGAUGCUAUCACAAAGAUUUAUAGCACGCAAAGUUACGACACCUUAACGGGGCUGGAAAUACUUGAGAUAAUAAAGAAGAAUGUGACCAAUCAGUAUUUAAACGGUGAAGAAGCUUUAGGCAACAUUAGAAAGAGUGCUCUGGAAAGCUUUUACAAUUACACAGGAGACACCAACGACUUUGACUUUCUUAAUCGGUUUAAAAACAGGACACACAAAGACCUCCCGAUCAGCUACCACAAAACAGCUAACUUUAAACGGGAGGUAGCCGUCACUAACUCCAGUCUGGUGCUUCCUAUAGAUGUUUAUUACAACUGGACGGAAGUAAGGGAGACUAUUCUGUGGACAGCUAACAUGGACCAAGCCUUCAAAGAUAACUGGUCACCAAACCUGACUGGUUCAGCGACGUUGCUACAGUAUAUUGGCACCCCUCAGGGGGUCAUGAGAGGGUAUCCCUCCUAUUACACACCCAGAGUGGGAAAGUGGGUCACCUACGAUCACCGCUUCAGAAUAUGGUACGCAGUAGGAGCGAUGGAAUCAAACAAAGUGGUUUUCCUCAUGGACAAGAGUGGAACUCUUGUAGGUGAACCUGUGAAACUUAUGAGGGAGAUGGCUAUCAACAUUAUCAAGACCAUGAUAUCCGACGAAGACUACAUAUCAGUCCUCACCUUCAACCAAAUAGUGGAACCCUUAGGCUGUGGAACAAAAUUAGUGCGGGCUAGAAGCAGGAUAAAAACCAUUCUCGGCGAACAAAUCCGCAAAAUAAGUCCCGAGGGCGCGGGAAACCUAACAGAAGCUAUCCGAAUGGGAUUCGAGGUCCUUAACAACUCCAAUCAGGUGACAUGUCACUCCACUCUGGUGCUGUUUACUGACUACACUCAAACCGAUGUGGCGGAGAUCAUCAGAAAUAUAACAGUGAAUUCGUCGGUAAAGAUAGUAAUCCUACAAGUCAGUAAAGACAUUAUGUUUGCGAGGGACCUGAGGAAAGCAGCUGCAGAACUGAAAGGUUUCUACGCCAGGAUAGAAGACCUUUCUGAUAUCAGCCCAACUAUAUUGGAGCUUACUAGCGCUUAUACUUCUUUGGUUGAUGACGAUGACCUUCAGGAAUCAUCAGAAAGCACACAUUCAGAAAAAUUAACUCAGUUUGAGGUUAAAACCACGCCAAUGUAUUUGGACGCCUCCACCGAGGAAUACAUCACCACUUUGGUUCUUCCAGUUGUCACAGAUAAGGUCGCGAACUGGACCAGGAAAUCAAGUUUACGUCGAGAAAAAGGGUCCUUCCUAGGAGUCGCUGCAGUAGAUGUAGAAGCAAAGAGUUUAGGACAGUACCCUCUAUCUUCAACUAGGGGAUGCUACGCUAUCACUGUCGAUCUGAAAGGAAGCGUACUGUACCACCCUGUGCUGUACAGUACAAAGGAGUCUAUAGAGAUAGAUCAGAAGCUACACCUCUACUCCUACAUCAACGACGCAAAGACUAUGAAAGAAGUGGAACGCGGCAUGGUCUUUCAGAAUCUUACUGAGCAAGCUGAGAUGCUUUAUGUAGAGGUAUCAGAUUCGUCCAGGUCGAAUAGACAGCGCAGUUUUGCCAAUAACUACUUUUUCAAUGUGCUAAUAGCGGUUGAUGACAAAACUUCUCUACUACACAUAUGUAACAGACAGACUUUGGCAUUUCCGAAGCGAACCAACGUAGCAAAGAUGCUAGCAAGAGACGUUUUACCCGCUAGAUUAGGUCCCCAAAAGGACGAGUCACGUGACACUGCCUACUGCAGUUACAGCCAGUUCUCCAUCAGAGACUUCGAGGAUAUCCGGCAGAGUGAAACAGUGGAGCAGUUCAUCACCCGGAAGCUGCAGUUCCCAGAGUGUCAUGACUUCGCUUUUGAGAUUUUUGAUGAUAUUUACAUGGUGUCUAAUUAUCUAAAUGAGUAUCUGGAGAUGAAUCCGAGGGUGUCUGUCACUACUGCAGCUGGGAAUAGAUUCGAGAUAAAUCAAGGAACUAAGCAGCUGAGAAGAACCAACAACCCCUACACCCGCGAGAGAUACACGCGCCUCAUCUCAAUAGUGACCAACAGUAACAGUAACAGUACGGACAUGUUGACGGUAACCAAUGUGACUAACCGGAACUCAAGAGACAUGUUCGAGUUGUCUCAGGUUAUCUACCAUUUACAGAGUAACUCCUACCCACUCAUGCUAUCUAUUGAGAUUCCAGCUUUUGAGCUGGAGAAAAUCAUUGAGUGGCCUUUUAGAAAUUUACGAAAAGCGCUGGGAGGUCGCCGAUAUCUAGUUGACGAGAACGGUUUCAUCAUAGCGACUGACGGAGAUAAUAACGAAGGGCAACACAUAGCAAAACUGUACCCAAUACUAACGAAGGAGUUGCUAGCGAAGGGUAUAUUCAACUACUUCAACCACACUGAAUGCUACUUCAGCUGUGAAGAUUACUAUCCUAAAGACACUAUCCAGAUACGAAGCGCGGCUGAGUCAAUGAACAGGUACCUCCCAUAUCACUCCGCAAAAGCCGUAAUGAAUCUAGUGUUAUCCACAGCAUCUUUGGUGGCAAAAUUGAUGUCGAAUUUUUGGUUUUUCAUACUGAAUCCUUCAUCCUUACUUUUAGUAUCAAGCAUGCCGGACUCUGCUACCCAAUUUAAUGAAGACUGGAAAUCUAUCAAGAUAAAUCUAACUUGCUGUCACGUCCAUCCCUUCAUGUCUCGAAACUUCUCUGUUAUGGUGGACCAAGGAAGCAACCUUCAGCAGGAUGAAACCUGCACCAAAUCAUACAAGUACAACACAGUACCAAACACUAAUCUCCUCUUCGUGUGGGCCUACUGCACAGACGACCUGUGCACGUGCGAGGAGCCCGAGUAUAACCUAGAGACUAUCAUAAACCAAGUGCUAAACCCGUGUACGGAGUGUGAUGAGAACUACAACCCUGUCUCUCAUUGUACAAAGGAUUUACCAGACGGUAUGAGACAGAGGGACAGAAGUGGGGCUUUGAAGGGGGGUCUUUCAGGGGGUGUCAUGAUACUUUUGUUAGCUGGGGUGGUUUAUUGUAGCAUUCAGAAUAGAGUUCACAUCUCCGAUUGUUCCUCGUGGGUUUUACUUUUUGUACUCCAGUUUUGUAAUUGUAAUUUAUAUUGAUAUUGUUUGGAUUUCGAUGUUAUCGGUGCUAUUUGUGAGAAGGAAAUCUUUAGCCUUUUCAGAUUUGUGUUUUAUUCAAUUGAAUUGGCUGUUUUUUACUUAAUUAACCUUUUCAAAAUACAAAAGAUUGAAAACAAUUUGAGCCAUGAAAGGGGCUGUUUAAUGUCUACUACUUUUUCAAAAGUGAAUGAUAGAACUCUAUGUUAAGUUUUCAAUCAAUUACAAAGUGCCAACAAGAGCAAUGAAUCCACGAAUAUUCUCUUCGCCAGUAGGAAUGAUCUGAAAUGUUGG